CUGUCUUAACGAUUCUGAUAUUAAUGAAACAUUUUUGUAAAGGGUUGAAGUGUCUUCCUGAUUUCCAUUUCAAGGGAGAAAAAGCCUAUCUUUCACCAGAUUCUCAGUAGGCUGACACCAGAAAGAUUGGGGGAAAAAAAAAUCACCGAUGUAAAUGGAGAGCUAUGCUAAGCAGUCCUGUGUUGAACAAGACAAGCUGGGACAAGCCUUUGAAGAUGCUUUUGAGGUGCUGAGGCAACAUUCAGCCGGAGAUCUUCAGUACUCUCCAGAUUACAAAAAUUACCUGGCUUUCAUCAACCACUGCUCUCAUGUUAGAGGAAAUUCCAACUGCUAUGGUGUGCUGCCUACAGAGGAACCUGUCUAUAAUUGGAGAACAGUAAUAAACAGUGCUGCGGACCUCUAUUUUGAAGGAAAUACUCAUCCAUCUCUGCCAAAUAUCCCUGAAAACCAACUGGUACAACCUGCUGUUCUCCAUCAAAAGGGAGGAAAAGGCAGGAAGAAGCUCCGACUGUUCGAAUACCUUCAUGAAUCCCUGUGUAAUCCUGAGAUGGCAUCUUGUAUUCAGUGGGUAGAUAAAACCAAAGGCAUCUUUCAGUUUGUGUCAAAAAACAAAGAAAAACUUGCCCAACUUUGGGGGAAAAGAAAAGGCAACCGGAAGACCAUGACUUACCAGAAAAUGGCCAGAGCACUGAGGAAUUAUGGAAGAACUGGGGAAAUCACCAAAAUCCGGAGAAAGCUAACUUACCAAUUCAGUGAAGCCAUUCUCCAAAGACUCUCUCCAUCUUAUUUCUUAGAAAAAGAGAUCUUCUACUCACCGUAUGUUCAACCUGAGCAAGGCUUUCUCAGCUUCAGUAACUGGAAUGCAAAUUGUAAUUGUCCAUAUGCUGAUUAUCAUGAGCUAAGCCACCCUGAUUGCUAAAUACUCUCUUAACAUUUCAUUAUUUCCUGGCAUCAGAAAUCCCUACCAAUUUCAAGAUUUUUCUCUUAAAGCAAAUGCUGGAGAGGGAAAAACAAUUAACUUCAUUGUUUCUAAUCUUUCAUUAAACAGAUUAUAAUCUAUACAGACUUGGUGAAAAAAUCUGCCAGUGAACAACUUGUAAAUGAUCAAGCCCCAUUUGAAAGUACAGACUAAAUGUCCUUCCUCUUACUAUUGUUUAUGCAACACUUUCAGAUAAACAAUGCUAGUAGAGAUUAUUUUACCUAUAUUGAUUUAAAUAUUGUUUUCCUGUCAUACACUAAGGCAAAAAAAAAUACCACUCUAACAUAUCUGAUGGCUUUAGUGACAACAAAAUUGCAUAUGAUAGUCAUGCGAAAAUACAUUCAUGAUUUAAAAAAGAUAGUUUCUUUGCACUUCAGACCUCAUGGUCUGUAACCCUGUGGCGCUAAAGAAAUGAUCUAAGGAAAAUGUGAUCUACCUUACUGAUAAGAGAACUCCAAAGCUUAUACUACCCACAAGUCAUUUCCUGGCAUUUCUCCCCUGGGGUAGAUCCAGGAGCUAACGUUUCUUGCUAUCCUGCCGCUCAGCCACAAGAAGGUGCUCUUGCCUUGUUAAUGGCUCUCUGGCCCAACUUUGAAACAAGACUUCCUCUUCCCUUGAAUUAGCCCAGCUAAGACCAGGCUGGAACAAUUGGAGAAAAAGAAAAGAAAAGAAAGAUUUUGAUAAAGGAUAGAGACUAGCAAAUCCAGAAAGGAACCAGGACUUGAAAGCUAUGGUUUGUUCUCAACAUUCCAUCAGUAAUGAAGAAGGAAACCCUGUUAACUUUCUUACGAAACCUGGCAGGUUCAUACAUAUUCCAUCUGUAUUACCAUGACACAGGAGAGCUUCCUAGACUACAUGGGCUAUCUUCAGUCCAGGCCAAGAGCUGCUUGGAGCCUACCCUAUUUGAUUUGUACCAUUGUCCUUUUUCUUUGUGUCCUCCUGGUGCCCUUCAUCCCUCAGGGAUUCUUAAAAACAUGGCAGACUAAGUGAAGGUAAUGAUACUGGCCAUCUGCACAGGUAGUCUGGCCUUCUGGUAUAAACAAUGUUUGCAUCCUCCCCAAAAUCACAUGUUGAAACGUAACCCCCAGUGUGAUGGUAUUUGGAGGCAGGCUCUUUGGAAGGAAGAGCUCUCUCAAAUGGGCUUCGUGCCUUGUGAAAGAGACCCAGAGAGCUUCCUCACCCCUUCUGCUUGAGGACACAAGACGGCCUCCUAUGAACCAGGAAGCAGGCUCUUACCAGACAUUGAAUGUGCUGGCGCCUUGAUCUUGGACUUCCCAGCUUCCUGAACUGUGAGAAAUUUCUGUUUAUGAGACACCCAGUUUACAGUAUUCUGUUACAGCAGCCGAAAAGGAGCAAGACAGCUCCAAUCAGUGCUCACCUUAAAAGUAGGACCCAGCAUACUUUUGUGUUCACUUUCCUACAAAGAAAUAUGCUCUGUAAAUUAAUGAACCACAUAAAUUUUACCAGACUUUGUGAAGAGGAAAUAAAUGAAGAGGUUUUACUACACAGAUCAUUCAGCCAACAAUAAAAUUAACAUUUUACUUCU